AUGGCUCACGCGCAUGGCCACCAUGAGCUGCUGCAGCAGCGGGCCAAGUCUCCUCCACAAGUGGCCCUAGUGGUCUCUGUCCUUCUCGUGUGUCCUCUCCUCGUCCACCUCCUGGUGCGCCGCUGCAUUGGAACCACGCCGUCGACGGCCACCGCAAGAGCCAGAGAAGAGCUGCUGAGCAAGCUGCCUUCGCCUCCCCGCAGGCUCCCCGUCAUCGGCCACCUGCACCUCGUCGGCCGCCUCCCACACGUCUCCCUCCGUGACCUCUCAUCCAAGCAUGGCCGCAACGGCCUCAUGCUCCUCCACCUUGGCGCCGUCCCCACGCUCAUCGUCUCCUCGCCGAGCGCCGCGCAGGCCGUGCUACGCACGCAGGACCACAUCUUCGCAUCCCGAGCUACCUCCCCCGUCACCGACAUCCUCUUCUACGGCUCCACGGACAUCGUCUUCUCACCCUACAGCGAGCAAUGGCGCCAGGUCAAGAAGAUCGUCUCCGCGCACCUCCUCGCCACCAAGAAGGUCCGGUCCUACAGUCAUGCACGCGAGCAUGAGGUGAGGUUGGUCGUGGCCAAGAUCCGCGAGGCGGCAACCGCAGGCACCGCCGUCGACCUAAGCGAACUCCUCGUCUCCUUUGUCAACGAUGUCUUGUGUCACGCCGUGUUUGGCAAUUUCUUCAGGGAGAAAGGCUGGAAUAAACUCUUCCAAGAGCUCGUCGAGGUGAACUCGUCCCUCCUAGGGGGUUUCAACCUAGAGGACUACUUCCCGGUGCUGGUGAAGCUGGACAUCAUCAAGAGGAUGGUGUGUGCAAAGGCCCACAAGGUGAAGAAGAUGUGGGACGACUUGCUCAAUACACUCAUUGAUGACUAUGCAAGCAUGCCAGCGUCGAAAUGUGAUGGGGACGAGACUUACUUCAUUGAUGUCUUACUCUCUCUUCAACAAGAGUGCAAACUCACGAGAGACCAUACUAAAGCGCUGUUGGAGCUCAUGCGAAACCCCUGCCUCAUGAACAAGCUACAAGCCGAGGUGAGAAACGCUAUAGCCAAGGGAAAAGAGAUGGUUACAGAAGACGAGCUGGAUAGCUUAGCAUACCUAAAGGCAGUUAUCAAAGAGACACUUCGACUCCAUAUGCCGGCACCGCUCCUUGUGCCCCACUUCUCCAUGGCCGAUGGCAACAUAGAAGGAUACACGAUACCAUCAGGAACACGUGCCAUUGUCAAUAGUUGGGCUCUUGCAAGGGAUCCUAGCUAUUGGGAGAAAGCAGAGGAGUUCAAGCCUGAGCGGUUCAUGGAAGGAGGUAGUGCCACAGCUAUAGAGAAUAAGGGAAAUGAUUUCCAAUACUUGCCAUUUGGGGCAGGGCGAAGGAUGUGCCCGGGUGCAAACUUUGCAAUUGCCAAUAUCGAAGUCAUGCUCGCAAACCUUGUCUACCACUUCAAUUGGGAGCUCCCUAUGGAAUUAGCGAAGAAAGGCAUCGAUAUGACCGAAUCGUUUGGGGUGAUAGUGCAUCGUACAAAGAAACUCCUCCUUGUCCCUAUAGUUCCACAAGAUUAA